AUUAUUGAUGCGCUGUCUAAGUUCUGUCCGUCCAUCGCCCGGUCUUAGAAUACCAUGAGUCAUGGAAGUUGCCAGAGCUGCCAGAGCUGCACUAGCGCAGUUUCCCAUCUUCAGUGCGGUAGAAAAAACAGUCCCUCCUUCAUCAUACUUGCACACACCCACUGAUGGAGCUUGUUAGGGGUCUGCAACUGUAACAGGCUUAGAGUAACAGCAAGAAUAGCCGCUAAUUAAAAGGGAGAAAACGACCAUCCGGCACGGAAUACGUCAAGGACUAAAAUCCACAAUCUCUCAGGUCGCCUGUGCCAUUGACCACCACAGUACUCACCUGCUGUACUAUCCCUCUGGGUGAAGUAUGGGUAUAGACAGCCAGGACCCACUGCCACCCCCUGGGAACCUCACCAGGACGCAGGCGAAGGGCUUUAUGCGAUCGGAACCCAUUACGCUGGGGUCCAUCCAGAUCUUGAUUGCAGUGUUGACUCUAUUCCUGGGGGUCUCUCUGCUGACGCCCUAUGACCUCACGUCCCAAGACUUCAUCACACACAGCAUUGUGAUGCUCAUAGGUGCAGCCGGGCUAAUCGUAUCAGGGGCCAUUCUAAUUCACACAGGGAGACGACCCUCGCUUUGCAUGGUCAAAGCAACUCUGAUAUUCCACCUGGUGAGUCUGAUCUUCAGCACGACGAUCAUCGCUCUACUGUCCAACCACCUGCCAUAUCGACAGAACAUGUACCACUGUGAACACUGCAGUCAACUGGAGCUCGAUGUGGCGCAACAACACUGUUUCAAGAUGUGCACGUACAAGAUCGAAAAGCCCUGUAAAUAUUUGAUUGACGGGCUCCUCUGUACCAUAGUCGUGUUUAUAGUUCUGGAGCUUGUGAUCUGCAUCAUAGCCAUUCUGUUCGGCCUGCAGGUGAUUAUCCGAGGUAGAGCACAGCCUCCUCCCCUCCUUCAGCAAACUGCUGUUACAGAAGUUCAAGGCCAGUCUAUUGAGGAUCCAAAGUCUCAGCCACAGGAGGCAGUGGAUGGGGGUACUAUUGCUGUGGAGGUAGAGACUCUUCCAGCAGAACCUCAGGUGGAUCCACCGCCACAGUACAAGUCCUGAGGCUACCAUCCUCCACACAUCCACACGAAGUGAAAGGCUUCUGGGAGAAUGAAAAUGGUGCUUAGAGAAAUGCUGAAAGAUUGCUUUGUUGUAGCUUUAUUUCUGUUGGCAAACCCACUAACAUGGCAAACCCACUAACCUAACUGUAUACCUGCAUAUUGUAUGUAUAUGUGGAUCAGUUAAUCAGUGUAUAACCUAAGUAAAUGCAAAUAUUCCAUGUUCAUGUAUAUUUUUUUCUGUAACUGGAUCUGGCAUGUCUGUUGUGAUCAUACGGGAGAAUAGACUGCAUUGUAGACACCUGUGUGUCCUAUUACUAUGGUGUAGUGAUGGGGAAUGUAUGCAUAUCCUAUGUAGUGUCACGCUUGCAAGAACAAUGUAAUUGAUGGUUACCCAGAGAAGUGUGUAAUGGCACAUUACUGUAUAGCUUUUGUUUAUUACAGACUGUUCCUUUUCAGAUUCACAUUCAUAAAUCUGACACACAUUUCAACCAUGUACAAUUCAGACUUUAUAUAUUUGUUUUGUGCUUAUUUUUUAUAAACUAUUGUUGUCAAAAAUCAAAUAAAGAUUUUUCCAGAUUAAGAAA